AUGGACUUCUUCAAUUUACUAAUUGCUUUCUUCGUCUCCAAAAAGCUUACGUUGCUGACAGCUUUCCUUUGUUGGCGGCCAGAGGAAGUGACCGAGCUGGUGAAGCUGGGGCGCGAGGCAGGAGUCCGAGUGCGAGUGCAUCUCGACUUCCAGCGGCUGCCUGCGCUGCCGGCGUACCGCACCUUCAGGGAAGGCAUGCUGCUCGACAUACGCUGCGACAAUAGCUCGCGAGUGCUGGACACUGCAUCAUCAGAACGCGCCUUCAACCUUCGGCAUUCCUGGCUCAUAAUCGACGAUUCGCCAUUCAACGUUACUUACUUAGAAAACACCCUUGAAGAUACCCUCGUCUUACCCGACGGCGACGUUACUUGGGCUUCAUCAGACCUCAUGGUGGAUAUCUACCGGGUGAAAGAUGACCAGCCCGUAGUGGUAACGAGCCUCGGAGCUAUGAAAAGUCAGAUAGAGUUGGAAAGAUUGUGGGCGAGGUUGCCAACUGCCGUUACCAGGAGAAAGAAUCUGAAUAAUGUCUACCUUAAAUCAGCAACUAUUAUCACGCAGCCGCAGUACUUCAAGGGCUGGAAUGAUCUCUCAAAUCGGCAGAUCGAUACUUUUCCAAAAGUUACUUAUCCGCUACUUAUGCUGUGUGGGGAAGAUCUUAAAUUUCGGUUCAACUUGAAGCAAGUGGACCUGUACGGCGAAGAGCACAACGGCUCGUUCGACGGACUGGUGGGGCUCAUGCAGCGCGGCGAGCUGGAGCUGGGCGUCACCUCAAUGUUCUUGCGUGGGGACCGCUGGCGGGUGGUGCACUUCUGCGCAGAGACAGUGGAGUUAAAAGGCAACUUCCUGUUCCGCCAACCAUCCCGCUCGGCGGUGUCCAACGUGUUCGCGCUGCCGUUCAGCCGCGGCGUGUGGCUGGCGCUGGCGGCGGUGUUCGGCGCGGCGGCGGCGCUGCUGACGCUGUUCGGCGCGGUGGCGCGGCGCUGCACCACAGACGCCGCGGCGCCGCGCCUCACGCUGCUGGAGAGCUUCACGUACUCCGUGGGGACCAUCUGUCAACAAGGCUCGGACCUGGCCCCGCAGCUGCUGUCGGUGCGCGUGCUGAUGUUCUGCACGCUGCUCGCGUCGCUGUUCGCCUUCACGUCGUACUCCGCCAAGAUCGUGGCCAUCCUGCAGGCGCCGUCCGACGCGCUGCAGACCGUGGCCGACCUCACGCGCUCGCCCAUGGACCUGGGGGUGCAGGAGACCACAUACAAGCGCGUCUAUUUUGCGGAGAGCACGGACCCCGUGACGCAGGCGCUGUACCGGCGCAAGCUACUUCCGCUGGGCGAGCGCGCCUACCUCAGCGUCGUGGACGGCAUCGCACGCGUGCGCACCGGCCUCUUCGCCUUCCAGGUGGAGGAAAGUUCAGCGUACGACAUCAUCAGCAAAACAUACACGGAGCGCGAAAAGUGUGGUUUGAAGGAGAUCAAGGCGUUCACUCUGCCCAUGGUGGCGGUCCCCGUGCGCAAGCACUCCGGCUACCGUGACCUGCUAGGCGCCAGAUUGCGUUGGCAGCGCGAGGUAGGCCUGAUGGACCGCUUCCGCCGCAUCUGGAUGAGCGCCAAACCGAAGUGCGACGCGGGCAGCGGCGGCUUCGUCAGCGUGGGGCUCGCGGACGUGCUGCCCGCCGCGCACGUGCUGCUCGCCGGCGCGCUGCUGGCCGUACUGCUGCUGCUGCUCGAGAGACUGGCGCGGGCCGUAACUAGGACGCGAGCCGCGCGGCUCAUUCCUUGCGCAGACCACGUGGCCAAUCACGGAAUAUUGUAG